GGGUGAGUAGAUUUAAUUUGCCAGCUAUUCUAUAUGUGCAGAAAAUUGCAUUCCUUUCCCUUUAACGUGGAUGAUCACGUUUCUGGUAUAAUCCUCAUAUGGGCAUUUUUAAUUUCAGGGGAAAUUUUGCUUCAUCCCAACAGGUACGGUUGUAGUAAUCUGUAACAGAUAUUGAAAAAGUCUUUUCGUUUGAGUAUUUAUUGUUUUAUAAGUUUCGAAAAGGUCAGGGUUUAGGAAUUAGGGUUUAGCAGUAAUGGAAGCCUUCAUCACCAGAAGAACUGUUGCCUUCAUGAGAAACAUCAUUAGGAAAUCAAAAUGUGAGAGAACGCAUUACAAUUACCGGUGGUCAGCUCAUAUUAGCACAAAAAUAUCUGGCAGCGGCCAUUUAAAUAGCUUUGAAGCCUCACCUAACACCCCUUCCGCAUUGGAACUUCAUUCGUCCAUGCCCAACCCAACAUUCCUGGGUGCCCACAAACAAGAAGAAGAAGCGGCUGCACUUAAUGAGUUCUUGGAAAGGUUUGAGGGAGUCAUGCGAUCUAAACUCUCAGAAGCUUAUCCGGAUGAUGGUAUAGAAAUCAUAGAUGGUAUGCUUGAAAUCAUAGUUAAUAAAGUUGUAGUAGAAAUCGAGAAAGGAAAUUUCAAUGAAUUUGAUAAAAUGAACGUGUCCUCUUCUGAAACCCAAGAUUUGAGUGAAGAGAUGUGGAAAAUUGUAUGUGAGGUUUCAAACAGCAUUGUUGAAGAUAUGCGAAAUAACCGAGUGAAUAGGGAGAUUCAUUCAUAUUUACAAUCUGAGGAGAUGAAAAACAUCAGUAGGUUUGCGAAGGAUGUUGGCAUCACGGGAGACCUUCUCAGGGAUUUGAAAAUGCAUUUUGUGGAAGAGAAGAAAUCAGAGAUUGAGUAUAAGAAGAGGUUAGACAGAUUGGUUGGUAAGGAGUCGACUGUAAAUUUGUUUGGAAAUGGGUAUGUUCAAACACAAUCUUCUCUGGAUAAGGGUGGUUUGUCACAAGGGCGUGCAAAACUGGAUUUUUUGGAGUAUGGGUUAGAUCUUUCUGAUCCAAGCUGGACUGAAAUCGGCCAAAGGUUGGAAGUAGCAGAGAAAAAGAUAACUCCAGUAGAACCUGUUGUGUUGUCAGGAAAAGCCAAGGCUAUAACUAAGCAGAUCAUUUCCUUGUCUGAUGACAAAGAUUUAUCAGAUUUAUUGACACGCUGGAUGGAAAACGUUAAACCAUCUAGGAUAGAUUGGCUUGCCUUGCUGCAACAAUUGAAUAAAUCAAAUAAGAAUAUCUUUUUCAAGGUGGCAGAAUUUGUUCUUAAUGAGGAUUCAUUUGAAGCCAGCGUAAGAGAUUAUACCAAACUUUUAGAUAGCUUUGCAAAGGAAGAUCGUUUGGAAGAUGCUGAAAGGCUUCUGCAUAUUAUGGAGGAAAAGAAGUUUGCUCGGGAUGCAGUGACAUGCUCCGUGUUGAUUCGCAUGUACAGCAAGCUAGGAAAUCUUGAUCGAGCCAAAGAAGCAUUUGAUGAGAUAAGAACUCUUGGACUUCAACCAGAUCAGAAAGCAUACAGCUUAAUGAUCAUGGCUUAUGUGAAAGCAGGAUUACCCAAAACAGGAGAGUCUUUGAUGAGAGAGAUGGAAGCUAAGGAUAUUGAACCAGGGAAGGAAGUAUACUUGGCAUUGCUUAGAGCUUUUGCAGAGAGAGGUCAUAUUGAUGGUGCACAAAGAAUUUUCAACACUAUGCAGUUUGCUGGUAUAAUGCCAAACUUGGAAUCAUGCACCUUAUUGGUGGAGGCUUAUGGUCAAUCUGGUGAUCCAGAUCAGGCUAGAAAUGUUUUUGAUCAUAUGAUGAAGGCUGGACACAAGCCAGAUGAUAAAUGCACAUCUAGCAUGCUAGCUGCAUAUGAGAAGAAGAAUUAUCUUGACAAAGCACUGAGCUUGCUGUUGGAUCUUGAGAAAGACGGUUUUAAACCUGGGGUUGAAACAUCAAUCAUAUUGAUUCACUGGCUAUGUAAAUUGGGUUUGGUAGAUGAAGCCGAGCAAGUCUUUAAGGGAAUUUCUGCAAAUGAAGUAAUUCCAUGUAAAGUUCAUGUAAGUGUUUGUGGUAUGUAUGUAAGGGCAGGCUUAAAGGAAAAGGCAUUAUAUACACUGAGCAUUGUAGAGAAACACAUCGAACAAUUGGAUUCCGAAGGAUUUGAAAGGUUGAUACAGGGGCUUCUUGCUGGUGGCUUUAUCGAUGAAGCAAAAAGAAUGCACGAUGCUAUGCAGAACCAGGGUAUCAUUCCUUCAGACCUUGUCAGAGUAGCCUUGAUGACAGCUCAGGCCAUUCCUCGCAGGCAAUCUGCAGUAAGGGAGGAGAUGUUUGGAGCCUAGUCAAUGUAAGCAAGAACUUAGAUGUAUGCAUGAAUGAGAGUUUAGGAUAACGUGAAAGUGUAAUAAACUGUAAUAUUUUGUCGUUGCAUGAAAGCCAAGUUUGGUUUGCAAGCAAAUUGCAGGAGACUUUUUCUUUUCUUUUUUUAAUCUGGCAAAAAUCUUACUCCUAUUUUCAUUUUCCAAUAUGAGCUAUGGAUCAUUUUGGGAUGCUCUCUGUUGCAAUCCUUGAUUGAGCAGCAAUACUAUGGUUGCUUAUUGCUUAAUGUGGGAAUGGAAAAAACCCUUAAACUUCAAGACCAUUUCUAGAAUGUAUAGUAUAGUUUCUAAAUAUUCCGAUUAAAUUUAUCCCAUCUUUGCAAGAUUUAGUUA